GCCCAGUAUAGUAGAGAUAUUGUGUACAGUAAAAAGUGAAUUUUCUCUGUUUCGCAGAGAUUAAGAUCAAAUUUCCGAUUGUAUGAUCUCCCGUUUUUAUGUCAAAAUGCAUGACGCUGCCUGGUGAUGAAUAUUCCAUAAUAAUAAGUAGAUCUUGAUAUUAUGAUAUUAUGCUGAUUUUGUUACAUUUGUAGCCAUACUUAGCAAUACCUCACUUUCCAUACCACAAUAUACUUAUAAAUAUACUUGAUUUCACAUUAGAAUCUCAGAACAUUAAGUAAAAGCAAAACUUGAUAGGGCACAUUUUAACUUUUAUGUUCACUUCAAAAUAAUCGGAGGUUCCAUUUGACGACGAUGAUGAAAACAUGACACCAUCAUGACGUUAUAUUGGUUGCGUAACAUUGUUAUGUUGUAAUAAAGGAAAUUUAAUAUUUCAUGUUAUCAUCAUUCAUCAUAGGUCUUCAACGUCAUUAAUUUAGAUAUUGUAGUGAAAUGCAGGUCAUUCAUUUGCAACGUGUAAUAUGAUAACAUAUUAUGAUAACAAAUCUAUAAUUGAUGUAUAAUGAUGUUUUUAAAUCACUUAUGUUCAUUGUUCUUGAGUUAUAAGUUCGUAUUCAUUGAUAUUGAAAUCAGGACGAUAAGACCAAUCAAUCGCUAAAAACAUAAAUCAUGUUCAAAUAUUGAAAUUUAAGAGAUAAAUUAAUGCAAACAAAUCAGGAUCUUUCAAAUUUCCUACCAUGACUCACUUGUGGAAUGUGGAGGUCACAUCUCUGAAUUUACUACAAAUAAUACCUUUACACACUACACAGGACACUUACCCUCCCUGAUGUCAGUAUAAUUCUCUACACGGCGGGGACGCAUGGCUCCUUACAACAAUGACCUCGUGAAGGGAUGUUUUGGUGUGGUUCCCCUCCACGUAGCCCAACAUCCUCACAACUGCAUCAGUAAUAAUGGCCUCCCCAUUACUCAUAACUCUGUCAGACUCAUUGGCAGAUACGCUGAUUUGACUUCUUUGUCUCAUCCGAACAUUUGUAGAUAUCUGGAUAUUGUGAGGGGUAAAGGAGAAUUGGUAGCAGUAGUGCAGGAGUACCAUGAACUAUCUCUACGUCAGCUAAUCUCCAGUACACAGGAUACUCAGACCCUAGAUACCAAACAAGUUGUCUACGAUAUCACUUGUGGACUCCGGUAUCUUCACUCCAAGAGGAUAGUGAACAGAUCAGUAACCCUUCAAAACGUGCUGUUUGAAAAGUCAAGUGGUGCAGCUAAGCUAAGUAACUUUGGUUUCUCUUACCUAACAAACGGAGGCAAAGCUGUAGAAUUCUUUGUGGGGGACCGAGCAUUGUCUGCCCCGGAGGUGUUAGUUAGUAAGUUAACCUCAACUAAGUCCGACAUUUGGUCUCUAGCUGUCCUUCUUCUCUGUAUCUUCAACAAAGGUCACCUAGUUGGGGACUCCUCUAACUUUGCUGCUGUGAUCAAGAUCUUGUUCGGUGGGGAGACCCUUGAAGAAAAGUGUGGAUUACUGGGUAUUGAGCUGCAGUCUGAGUUUUUGGAGUUUUUAGAGAAGAGUUUGGUUAUAAAACCUACUGCCAGAGCAACCGCCCAGCAACUCCUACAACUGCAAGUCUUUGCAGAGUGCAAGCCCCGCAAGCACGAGAUGGAGUUGUACCCUUUUGCUGUUUCCAAAGCUCAUCUCAUCAGCUGUGAAGACGUAGUUGAUGAGUCUGAGUUAGAAGACCCAUUAUCGCGAGCAUGUUCUCUAGUUGAACUGUACGAAUUAUGGAGAAUGGCAGGGGGAGAUGUGCUAGCUGAACUAGAGAAGUUUGGUUUAGUAAGAGGUUCCAUCCCUAUCUGUGAUCUGCCUCUAGUUUCACUUCCUUCCGGAGAGAUAUACAAGGAACACCGUGAUAAUAUCCUGGGAGAAAGACAAACCUUGUAUCCCAUAUCUCCUUCUCUUAUCGUAAAGAGAUUGGCUCAUGUGGAACCAGAGGUGUUUUAUCCGCUGACUUUGACCAAGUGUAAGCUGUCUAAAGGAAUGCAAGACAUGUCACAAUUGCCAACUGUAAUCAAGGAAAGGAACAUUGAAUAUCAAUUACACAGGAUCAAACUAUUCACAGCUCUCCUCCAUGGGUACCCGGCAACAGUUGACGCGAUUAGAAAGGAGGCGAUGUUAGAUGUGCCACCUUUACUUCGGAGAUACGUUUGGUCAGCUUUACUAGAAAUCAAAGGAGAUAUCGAAGAUUAUUACAACAAGAUAGAUAAGACCCAGUCGCUGGGAGCAAUAGACAGACAGAUAGAUGUAGACAUACCAAGAUGUCACCAAUAUAAUCAUUUCCUUUCCUCUCCAACCGGACACUGGAAAUUGAGGAGAGUUCUUAAAGCUUGGGUCAUUGACCAUCCUGACCUGACAUAUUGGCAGGGAUUAGAUAGUCUUGCAGCUCCGUUCCUUGUUCUACACUCGGGAAACGAGGCACUGGCCUACGCUUCUCUCAAGACUUUCGUGAGAAAGUAUGUCAACAAUUUCUUCCUGAAAGAUAAUUCCCACGUGAUGACGGAGUACUUGUGGGUGUUCUGUCAGUUAGUCAUGUUUCACGAUCCUGAACUGGCUCUCCACAUUCAAAACAUGGGCUUUAUUCCUGAGCUGUACGCGAUACCUUGGUUCCUGACUAUGUUUACACACGUGUUCCCUCUUCAGAAGAUAUUCUAUUUAUGGGACACCAUGCUACUUGGUAAUUCCUCGUUCCCGAUGUUCCUAGGAGCAGCUGUUCUAAUCCAAGUCAGAGAGACGCUCCUCUCCUACGAGUUUAACGAGUGUAUCUUACUUUUCUCCGACAUGCCCGACGUAGAUAUCGACAAGAUCAUCAAGGAUGCAAUGAGGAUGUACCAGAUCACGCCCAUGACACUUACUUAUCGCAAACAUAGCUACCACCACCAAGAGAACGAACUGUUGCCUCCUAAGCCAUCUGAAGGUGGUGCUAAAUACUCUUACAACUUCUCUAAAACAUUCCUAGCCGAGCAUGUUGCUUCUUUCCCUGACACUCCAGAGCUAAAGGAGGAUAUCUGUGGCCGAAUAUUUAUCCAGGAUCUAGCCAAGUUGCUGAGGUACCAGGAAAGUGUGGAGAGAAGAGGUGGCACUGCCAGUUCCACUAUUGUAGUAGUGGAUAUCAGAAGUCAGGAUGUCUUUGUGGUUGGUCAUCUCCCCGACAGUCUUAACGUGCCCAUCUCACAAGAUCUGGUAACUUCUGACGGUCAACCAACUUCACCGGAGGUUCACACUUUGUUGAGACAUCGCAGGAAACGGGACUCCCUGACGGUGGUAGUCGGCCCAAAUGAGGGGGCUAGUAGGAAGUUUUGUAAGAUGUUGAUGGGACUACAUUUUCUGCACGUGGCGCGGGUACACGGAGGAACCAGUGCUUUGUCUCAGGCUGGUAUGUUGUGUGCUGCAACGUAAUCAGUUUUUAAAUAUUUUUUUCUUAUUAUUGUUUACUAUUUUACCAUUUGGCAUGUUUAAUGUAAGAGUAAUUUAUUGAUCUUUUCACUGUUCAUUGUUAAAUUGCUGUUUGUGAAGUCUGGAUGUUAUAUUAUUAUGACAGUUUAUAAAAAACUUGUUUCAAUAGUACGUUUAUAUGUAGUUAAACGUAGUUGAUGAGUGAUAGCAGUAUUCAACAACAUUGUUAGUUAAUUAUUCCUAAUCACGCAUUAUGUAUGAAAAUAUUGAGACUGUAGUGACCAGCGAUGAGCUCUUAUUGACGGUAAAAUUUCUGGAGAACGCAUUGAACUAUGAGAUAUACGCAACACAGCUCAAGUAAUACGUAUUAUUAGAAAAAUGUACCACAACAGAUUGCUCAAACUCGGAGUCCGAGACAAUUUGUUAUUGUAAUUGCCAUCUGUAUGAUGAUUAUUAUACUUGUACGUAAAAAUAUUGGCAACAAUUCGUUUGGACCAAAGAAAUUUCCAAUUUGAUAACACAUAACAGUGAAAAAAUCGAUUACCCAGCAUAACAUGAAAUUGAAAUAUUGACCAUUCAUGUUCAUCGAAAAAGAAAAAUAAUUUAAUCAACCCUUC